AUGCAGCUUCUACACUUGCACCUAGCAUGCUGUCUGCUUAUUUCCUCCAUAUGGCGGGUAUCUGCAAUUGAAUUUAAGAAUACUGACAGAGGAUUAGCGACAUAUGUUUCAAGGCCAGAUUUAAAGCCCCCUAUACCGGAAUUUACAACAUAUCGGGACGAUUUAGUCAGCCCGGGGAGCUGGUUCCAUGCUCCCUUUGAUUCACUGAACACACCGGAUACUCACUCAUAUGUCCCAGGGCAGUUUGGCCCUCAUAUUUUUGAUAGUCAUGGGGAAUUGAUCUGGAGCGGAGCUAUGCUUUUCAAUCGGUCCAACGUGUAUGACUUUCGCAAGAUAAGAUACCGAGGGUUUGACGCGAUGUCCCUUAUAGCGGGCGACGUGGGACCGGUUUCAGUCGCUACGGCGAGUGGCGUGGGCAUCAUCUUGAACUCUGCAUACGAAAUCGUCAAGACUGUUUACGCGAGUGACGGGGGAAAGCAAGUGCAUAUCGAUAUGCACGAAUUCAAUGUCAUUGACGAUGGGAAUAGCGCCAUAGUACUGAUUGCGAAGAAAAGCCUGCCAGGCGAAUCAACCCUCCCGGAAAACGCCAACGCAACCGUCAGGAAUAACGGCUUCCAGGAGAUUGAGAUAGAAACGAACAGGGUCAUCUUUGAAUGGUGGGCAUUUGACUUCGUUCCGGCAUCAGAUACUCAUUCCGCGCAACCUGAAGAUGCUUAUCAUAUCAAUUCAGUAAAGAAAACGCCUCAGGGGCAUUACCUCGUGUCUAUGCGGCAUCAAUCCGCGAUAUUCCUCAUAUCCGGUGGCGAUGGCUCUAUCAUCUGGCAAUUAGGUGGCCCGCGCUCCUCAUUCAUACAAACAAACAAUUUCACCUUCAGUUCACAGCACGAUGCCCAAGUCUACAGCCAAAAUGAUACUCAUACAGUGAUAUCGUUCUUAGACAAUGCCUCUGAUGGCGUGUCGAUCACCGCCGCUUGUUCUUCCGCAUUACUAGUCUCUUUAGCAACGGCUACAGCUCCGAUGAUAGCAACUGUCAUUCAAAAGUGGGACAGGCCUGACGGCUUAUACACUGCUCGCCGUGGAAAUAUCCAAUUCUUGGAGAAUGAGAACAUUUUGGUUUCAUGGUCUGAAUCUGGAUACACAAGCGAAUUUUCCUUGGACGGAACCCUCAUUCAACAAGUCUACAGUCAAUAUGAAAGAUUUGCCGAGUAUAGGCAGUACAAGUUUAGCUGGAAGGCCUCGCUACACGUGAGCGAACCAAUUGCAAUUGCCUCCUGUAUAUAUGGAGCAACGAAAGAUACGGCCACAACGGUCCUCUAUGCGUCAUGGAAUGGAGCAACUGAAGUGACGUCUUGGAACUUUUAUAGCUCAGAAUCACCAGACCAAGUUCAGCAGCCGUCUCUGAUUGCCAGUGUUGCGAAAAAGGGUUUUGAGACCGUUGCUAUGAUUCCAGGACAACACUCCUUCACUUUUGUGGAAGCAGUAUCCAGAGACGGUACAAGCUUACAGAAUUCCACUAUCCAAGUGUCCAAGCUCCCGCCAUCGUACGUUUAUGAGCAGCAAGAUCAUCCCAAUCCCACAGAUAGCAAAACUGUCCUGAGCCAGCUAGGCAUGACGGCGGCCGAACAACCAACACGGUAUUGGAUGUUGGCUCUAUCAAUAGCGGUUUUUGCCGCAUUGGUCAUAUACAUUUCUAUCCAAUUGUGGAAAUGUUGUAUCCGCGGGAGGUUCCUAAAAAAGGGGAGGAAAUAG